GACACAUUCAUAAAAGAAUACAAUCGCGCAUAUAAACACCUAGGACUAAACGCGAAACAAAUUUUACAUUAAAUUUUUGCUUUCGAGCAAACAAAACUUAUUAUUAAAACGAAAACUUUCUGGUUUGUUUAUAUUCAGUGCAAGCUUGGGAAGGCCAAGCAACAGGGUAAAAGAUGUCGAUGCGCCCCGAUGAUCAUCGUCGCAAAUGGGACCGGAAGGAGUACGAGCGAUUGGCCCAGGAACGAGCACUAGCCAAAGCGGACAACACCACCGAAGAUGAACCAAUUACUAAGGAAUUGCUCAAACAGCGCGAGUACAAGGUCGACCUUGACUCCAAGUUGGGUAAGAGUAUGGUCAUAAACAAGAGCACCCCUUCAUCGCAAUCAGGCGGUUAUUAUUGCAAUGUGUGUGACUGUGUGGUGAAAGAUUCAAUUAACUUUCUGGAUCAUAUCAAUGGAAAGAAACACCAACGUAACCUGGGUAUGUCAAUGAAAGUCGAACGCAGUUCCUUAGAUCAGGUUAAGGAGCGGUUCAAAAUAAACAAAAAGAAAACGGAGGAAAAAAAGAAAGACUAUGAGCUUGAAAGUCGAGUAAAAGAAGCAAAAGAGGAAGAGGAACGUUAUCGAGAGUAUAAGCGCGAGAAAAGGAAAGAACGCAAACGAAAGAUUGAAGAGGUGGACGACGCGGAUGCAGGCACCUCGGAACUAGCUGCCGUUAUGGGGUUCGCCGGAUUUGGCGGAUCCAAAAAGAACUAAUCUUACGUAGUAUUAUCGCUAUUUAAUGUAUAUUUUUACACAUUUACACAAUAGAAAAUGCAGGCAAUUUACAGCAGCUAUUGACGAACAAUUUAUAAAUGGAACCUAAUACUUUCUAUAUUCUCGCCUCGUGGUCAAUCUGUGGAAACUGUGGCCUACAUCCUACGAUGAGGCAGUAGAAUAUGCAACGUUCAAACUUACAAAUGUUUACUGAAAUUGGAAUAUGUUAAACGCCAUGAUUGAAGUGAACCAACAGAAAUAUAUUGAUUUUCCAUCCACCAAAAAAAAACCGGAGUUA